AUGAUUGCUAUGGAGGUUAUGGAACUGUUCACAUCAUUAGAAUCCAACAUUCCUAAAGAGGUAGAAGUUGUAAAACACAAAUUUCAUGAACAAUUUAAUAUCGUAAAAGAACCAUGGCUGUUAAAUGGAAUGUAUGAUUAUUUUAUGUCAACUGGAUCACAAAGAGCUGUAGAAGUAUUAGUGGCUGUCAGGGAACCACAUGACAAGUAUCUCUUUGAUAGGCUUGUUGAUGGCUUACGAAGUACAAAUCGUCUUCAAGCACUUACAUUACUGGGUCACGUAGUAAAGAGACAACCAACAUGGUUGAUUAAAAUUACAAACCAUCAUUUACUCAAGGAAUUAAUAAAACUUUUAAAGUCCGAAAAUGAAAUAAUUACUAUUACUAGUGCUUUACUUGCUCUUAAUGUACUUUUGACUGUUAUUCCUGCACUUAUUUCUUCAUUUCUACCUGAUAUUUUUGAAGGAUUUAGUCGUUUGGCGGCUUGGAAUACUUCUCAAAAAAACAAAGUUCCGGAAAUACAUUUAUUCCAUCUUCAGAUAUCAUUAUAUGUAUUAUUUGUUCAGCUAUAUAGUAUGUAUCCAUGUUCAUUUGUGUUAUAUUUAAAGCAACAAUAUAGUACACCUGAUUUAGUUUUCACUCAUACAAUUAAACCCAUGAUAGAAACAAUGCGUAUGCAUCCAAGUUUAAUUGUGAGCAGCAAAGAUGUGGAAACAUCAGUUCAUAGGUGGAAAAAAAUGGAGCAACAUGAUGUUGUUAUGGAAUGUACAAGAUAUACUCUAUUGGAAAAUGGGGAUAGAAAUUAUCAAAAUCCUUCAACUUGGACAAAUGCGGGGUCAAAUUUUUCAUCAGCUCUUGAAAUUUUAAAAUCAAGUAUUGGAGCAACUGGAGAUAUUAUUAGUGUAAAUAGUGUCAGAGACAAAGAAUUAUGGAGUCCAAUGUUAUAUUGUGGUGAAUUUGAUACAGAUACUGUUAAAUCUAUUCCUACCACUCCAAAUAUACAGAACUACUAUAAGCCAUUGAUGUGCAACCAUAAUGAACAUUCACCUCCAGAAGCAGCUAUCGAAGCCACUCCAGAAACAACACCAAUCAGGGACGUUUUAUAUCAUCAAUCGAGGUUGCCAUCUAUAAACUCGACUGUAGUCAGGGCAUUGAAUUCAUUUGGUAAAGACAAUUUACCUAGACGUAAUUCAUCAACACCAAAUUCUCAGCCUAGUUCGCCAUUGAAAAAAGAAGGGUUUAUUUUUCCUACCGAAGAUAUCCAAUCACAGUCACUUGUUCGUAGAGUGGACAGAAUGAUAAUGGAACGGAAUCAGAUAACAGAUUCAAUUAAAGAUGAGAAUAAUGUACGUUCUGAAUCAAAGCCUAUUGCAGCCCAAAUUCAACUACCAAAUAAUCCUGAAAUAUUACAAACUGGAGACGAUGAUAUCAUUGAAUGUGAUCAACAGAGUAAUGGGUCACCAUGUCAAACCUAUGAGGGUGGAUUACAUAUGCCUGAUUCUACUUCUUUAAAAGAAUUUGUUAUGAGUGUUCGAACACGAAGACGUUAUCAUAGUCAAUGUACUCCAGAGAAAACUAUAAACGUUACUGGACAAAGUACUGAUAGCAGCCCUAAAAAAGGACCUGAAUUUUCAUUACUUAGUGUUCGAAGAGCAAAUUCAUGUCCCGAGAUUAAAAAAACCAAUGGGAGUAGUAUUUCUUCUGGCACUUCACCAUUACAAGAAGAAACUGAAGAGGAUCAUCAUGGAGAUGGUAUAAAUAUUAGUAAUGGCCAUGUUACUUCACUACCAAAAAAAAAAUCAAAAAAUGAUAUUAAUAUAACUAAUGUACAGACGGUUUCCACUCAAACAGAUCAUAUUUUACCUUAUGAACAUUUGUUUUAUAGCAUAUUUCCUGCAUAUAAUAAUGAUCCACACAAUAGUGGUAAAAGUCAACAAAACAUUUUUAAUAAUCAAGAAGAUGAGUCUUUAUGUUUAAUUGAAAAAUAUGUGCGCACAUCGGCAAUAGUUCUUAAUCAUCGCCAUACAGCACAAUCUAGUGAUGAUGUCAAAUUAUUGCAAGACCAAAUCGCUUUGUUAACAUUACAAUUACAGUUUGAACGUAACCGUAGAGAAGUUCAUGCAGAACGAAAUCGUAGACUUUUAGGUAAAUCAAGAAGUAGUCGAGCUGUUGAUGAACACAAUUCCGCUCUGAAAGAUCAAGUUUUAAAAUUACAGAUUGAAAUUGAAGAUGGAACUUCAGGGUUUGAAAAAUUGAGGCAAGACUCAUUAAAACAAGUUAAAGACCUUAAAGAGAGAGUAUCACAUUGGCAAACUGAAUGUUCAAAAUAUCAAGAGGAAACUAAAGAAGCUAAAAAUAAAUGCUUAUCAUUAGAACAGCUUUAUAAUGGAGAGAGAUUGAAGACUGCCGAGGUUACUAAACAAUUAUCUGAGACUAAAGCAGAGCUGUUCAACACUUUAAGUGAACUAACUAUUGUGCAAGCAACCGCUAACAUUAGUAAAGAACUAAAAAAUACAGUGAUAAAUUUGCAACGCGAACUAGUUAUGAGAGGUGAGAUGCAAUCUCAACAGCAUGAUGUUGUUUCUCAUGUAAAUGCUCUUAGAUAUGAUGCCAGCAAUGCUAUGUUGAGUCAAGAAUCAUACAAACAUAAUAUAAACGAGCUUCAAAAUAUGUUAUACCAUAAAUCUGCAUUAUUAGAAGCAUCAAACGCCCGUAUUGCUGAUUUAGAGUUGAAAUUAAAUAAUAAGAAUGCAUUUAUGCAAAAUGGUAAAUGUGAAAUAGAAAAGGUUAAACACCAAUUUAACAAAAAAUUAUCAGAGGUAAAAGAAGAAUGUAGAAUUUUGAAAGAAAUACAAUGCCGAAAUAAAGAAUAUAAAGAAGAAGAAGAAUCAAGGAAAAAAUUUUUGGAAGAACUACCUAAAUUCAGCUCUGACUUGGUUAUGGUGGACUCAAACACUUCAGUCAGUGAUCAAGAUGCAAACUUUAGGCUUAGUAUGAUGUUGGCGGAUAUUGAUGACAACUGUGACAACAUCCCCGUUAUACCUACAACUCCAAAGUAA